CUCUACUGUUUCCAGGCUACUGAAACACGUGAAGGUCAACUCCGGCGCUGAUACAGGGUAGACAGUAGUCAGGUGUCCCCAAGUAAGUGAUUUUUCGUAGUGCUAUUGAUUUCCCUCAUGGAUAAUCAAGGAGUAACGGCGGACCCCCAACUGCAGCAGUUUAUCGAGAUCGAGUCUCAAAAACAGAGGUUUCAACAGCUGGUUCAUCAAAUGACAGAAGUGUGCUGGGAGAAGUGCAUGGAUAAGCCUGGUCCAAAGCUUGACUCCAGGACAGAGGUGUGUUUUGUCAACUGCGUGGAGCGAUUCAUAGAUACAAGUCAAUUUAUCCUCAACAGGCUAGAGCAGACGCAGAGGAGUAAAACAUCCUUCACUGAGUCUAUGACGGACUAGU